AUGCCGAAACGGAAAACGGGAGAUGAAGAGUCUGGAAACAGUGAGAAGGAUUGGGAGAUUUUCGACAUUCUGGUUGGUACCGAUGAGAUUGAUUCAUCAAGGUUGGAUCUUCCGGAGGAUAUCGUACUCGCCGAUCCACUUUUCACCGAGCCUAGCAGCGUUGAUGUGAUUAUUGGAGCAGGACUUUUCUUUGACCUGCUGCGCAACGAGAAAAUCAAGCUCGGGGAUAAUGGACCUAUUGUACAAAACACUUCCCUUGGCUGGAUAGUUUGUGGAAAUCUUCCUGACGAGUCGAACGUGCUCAGACCACACGUUGCCAACACGUGUACGGAGAACUUGGACGAGUUACUCACUCGUUUCUGGGAAUUGGAGUCGUGUAAAACGGACAGCGUACUAUCGUUAGAGGAAUAUGCCUGCGAGAAGCUGUUCGACCGUACUACAGUCCGAGAAGCAUCUGGAAGGUUCAUUGUAGCGGUUCCAAAGAAGAAUUACCUCAUUCAGCAACUCGGAGAUUCAAAGUCCACGGCAUUGAAACGCUUUCUUUCUCUCGAGCGUCGUCUGGAUGGUAAUGCCGAAUUGAAGCAGAUGUACAGUGACUUCAUUCACGAAUAUCUGCGUAUGGGACAUAUGGAGGAGGUGCUGGAAAACGAAGAGGACGCUGCUAUGCCACAGUACUUCAUUCCACAUCACUGUGUUAUCAAGCCCGACAGCACAACUACCAAGUUGCGGGUAGUGUUUGAUGCGUCAUGCCCUACAUCGUCCGGAAUCUCUCUCAACAAUGCGUUGAUGGUUGGUCCGACUGUUCAAGAUGAUAUCAUCGCGAUCGUCCUUCGAUUCAGGUUCCAUUGGAUCGCCAUCGUUGCAGAUGCUGAAAAAAUGUACCGUAUGGUGCUGCAACAGUGGGCAGACCGGAAGUUGCACAAAAUCUUCUGGCGGGACAACCAGAAUGAAAUGAUCCGUGUCUUCCAGUUAAAUACCGUUACAUACGGAACAGCAUCAGCGCCAUAUUUGGCCACCAAAUGUCUUAAGCGGCUAGCAGAGCUUGAUGGACACAAAUAUCCCAAAGCAGCUAUAAUCCUCAGCAAGGAUUUCUACGUUGACGACAUGAUGUCCGGCGUUGACGACGUACAAGAAGGAAUCAAGCUGUGCAGUGACAUUCAACAUCUGUUGAAAGGUGGAGGAUUCAACCUACGGAAAUGGAGCAGUAACUGUCCAGCUGUCUUGGAAAAAAUACCCGAGGAACUCAGGGAUGACCGCACUUCUUUCGAGCUGGACGAUUCAAGCGCUACCAUAAAAACACUAGGGCUGAUCUGGGAACCUAGGCUAGACGUUUUUCGAUUCAAGGUGCCGCAAUGGAGUUCGCCGGAAAUAUGCAAGCGUUCCGUUAUUUCCGAUCUUGCGCGGAUUUUCGACCCUCUUGGGCUUAUUGGAGUUGUAAUCAUCACUGCCAAAAUAUUCGUCCAGACUCUCUGGAAACAGAAAUUCUCGUGGGACGAACCACUACAAGAUGAACUCGGAGCUCAAUGGACAGAGUUUCGGGACAGCUUAUCAAACCUAGAAACCCUCCAGAUUCCUAGAUGGAUCGCUUUUCGCAAGGAUUGUCUUGCCGUUGAGCUCCACGGCUUUUGUGACGGAUCAAUGAAGGCCUAUGGAGCAUGUUUGUAUGUCCGAUGCACACACUUCGACGGAACAAUCACUUCGAAUUUGCUGGUUGCUAAAUCCAGAGUAGCUCCGCUGGCAGAAUCUGAAAAGAAGAGGAAAAAACUUACGACGCCCCGCUUGGAGUUAUCUUCUGCUGUAUUGCUGGCUCACCUGUACGAAAAGACAUCUGCAAGCAUCCAAGUAUCGACCCAGCCGUACUUUCACACCGAUUCCACGAUCGUAAGGUACUGGCUGUCAUCAACCCCAUCACGUUACCAGAUGUUCGUGGCAAACAGAAUAUCGGAGGUACAACACCUCACCAGGAGUGGAACAUGGAGGCAUGUGGCAGAAACAGAGAAUCCCGCAGAUGCGCUAUCUCGCGGCAUUUCACCUGUUGAUUUACAGGCUAACGCGUUAUGGUGGCAUGGACCAGAUUGGUUGAGGAAAGAUAAACAGAUGUGGCCUAAAACGCAAGAAGUUGUACUGGAUAAACUGGAUCGGACGGCUCUCGAGGAAGGAUCCAUUGUGGCAGCAGUUUCUACAAUUACUCCACCGAGCGAGAUCUUUGGGAUACACUCUACAUUGCAUCAUGUGGAAAAGCUGGUUGCAUGGUUGCUCAGAUUCAAGUACAACGCACUGCAGGCUCGUAGAUCAAUAUCCAAGAAGACGGGUCCACUGACGCUUGCGGAACGAGAAGGCGCUUUGUUGCGUCUAGUGAAGCUAUCACAACAGGAAUGCUUUGCUCAGGAAAUCGCAGAUCUCGAAAGGAAUGGGGAGGUUAAGCCAACUUCUCGCAUCAAUGCAUUAAAUCCGAUACUGGUCGAAGGUGUACUCCGAGUUGGCGGCCGGUUGGAGAAUGCACAAAUCUCGCAUAGCCGGAAGCAUCCUAUGUUAUUGGAUAAAGAUCAUCCGCUAACAUCCAUGAUCAUGCGUCGAUACCACUACGAAAAUCUUCACGCUGGUCCGCAACUGUUGAUAGCAAGUGUUCGUGAACGGUUUUGGCCACUCAAUGCUCGAAGUCUUGCUCGGAAGAUUGUGCAUAGAUGUGUAACCUGCUUUAGGAACAAACCAACCGUGCAGGAUCAACUGAUGGCUGAUCUCCCGGCUGAACGGGUAACACCAGCUCCGCCAUUUCUACGGGUCGGUGUAGACUAUUGCGGUCCUUUUUUGAUAAACUAUCCCUUCCGGAAAAGGACCACCGUCAAGUACUACGCUGCUAUCUUCAUUUGCUUGGUGACUAAGGCGGUACACAUGGAAAUGGUAGCCGAUCUCACCACUCAAGGAUUUUUGGCUGCAUUGAAAAGGUUCGUAGCUAGGCGAGGAAAGCCCACCUUGAUCAUGUGCGAUAACGGUUCCAAUUUCGUGGGUGCAAAACGGGAGUUAAAUGAGCUCGCCGUACUAUUUGAAGACCAACAAUCCCAGCAAUCCAUAGCUGCACGCGCUGCUGACAUCGGAAUUGAAUUUAAGUUCAUUCCAGCCAAAUCCCCUAACUUUGGCGGCUUGUGGGAGGCUGCAGUCAAAUCAAUGAAGCAGCACCUGAGGAGGACCAUUGGAUUGAAGAUUGUUACGCCUGAUGAACUACACACUGUCCUAGCACAAAUCGAAGCAUGUCUGAACUCCAGGCCACUCACACAGAUCAGCAGUGACCCAAACGAUCUCAGCGUGUUGACUCCAGGUCACUUUCUUAUCCAGCGACCGCUAACGGCUGUCGCAGAACCGUGGCUGCAGGAUAUUCCUCAAGAUCGUCUCUCUAGGUGGCAGCAGGCUCAAGACUUCGUUCAACGCAUUUGGUCCAGAUGGUCGAUGCAAUAUUUGUCUGACCUGCACAACAGGACUAAGUGGACCAGGCACAGGAAUAACCUGUUUGUAGGGACAAUGGUUCUUAUCAAGGAGGAUAAUCUACCACCCCUGAAGUGGCUUUUGGGAAGGGUAACGCAUAUCCGGGAGCAGACGGAAACAUCAGGGUCGUAA